CGCAAUAUAACUAACCCCCACUCUUCCCCCUCUCUCCCCAUCUCCGCCCAUUUCCCCCCUCCCCCUCUCUUCCUCGAGUGAUCUCUUGGCAAUGAGAUAGCGCUUUAAUCCCUAGCUAAUUGUUCUCGAUCCCAUCGUACGUGCAUGGCGAUUCCGAAUUCGGAGAACGGCGAUUCGGCGGCGAUGGUGAGAGGAGGGAGGAAGCGGAAGCGGAGAGACGCAGCGCCGGAGCCCGGCCACCGAAGCUUCUCGACGUGGAGGACGGAGAGCAUCGAGAAGAGGUACUCCUCGAAGCUUCUAGAAGCCCUCCGUCGCAUCCGGAACGACGCGGCGGAGCCCCGGGGGAACGGUGCUGUGCGGGACGCGGCAGAUCGCGCCCUGGCGGUGGCGGCGCGCGGCCGCAGUCGGUGGAGCCGGGCGAUCCUCUCGCGCCGGGCGAUCAAGCUCAGGGCCGUGCGACGGCGGAGGCAGCGGGGGAUGGGGGAGCUGCCGCGGUCGCUGCCGCAUCCAAUAGAGAGGAGGAGGAGGAGGAGGAGAUCGGAGUUGGUGCAGAAGAAGGCGGAGGAGCUCGGCCGGCUCGUCCCCGGCUGCCGGAAGGUCUCCCUGCCGGCGCUCCUCGAGGAGACCUCGGACUACAUCGCCGCACUCGAGAUGCAAAUACGAGCGAUGAGCGUGAUCGCCGACGCCGUCUCCACUGCGGGAGGCAGCAGCGUAGGGCUGCCAGACCGAUCCGGCUCCCCAAGCACCGGUUGAAUCGGCAGUCGGCGAAUGCGACCACUGUUUCCCAUCAAAUCGAUUUUUGCGGCAGUUUGAAGAAGAUCAUAUGGCAGGCUCCUGUCAAUGUAUAUAUAGAAUGAUUUAUCAGAUUUUCGUUACGCAAAGCAACCACAGAUAUCAAAACUAUUUUGAUUUGAUGUGGUCGAGCGGAAGUAUUACAUUACAUGUCAGUGUUGUGAUUUUUUGCAUAAUUAUUUUUUUAUAUUUUAUUUUUGCUUGUUUUGGAUAAA